CCAAUCCCGAUUCAAUGCCUCCUGGGUUCAGUAUAGAAUAAUAAUAAUAAUAAUAAUAUUUUGUCCAAUAAUAAUUAAAACCCAUCUUUUCAUUUUGUAGGAAGACCUCCCUGUGUCUUUGAAUAUUCCAAUUCCAGGCGCAGAGGGAGAGGCCCUAAAGCAGAAGCAGAAGCAGCAGCAGGAGGGAAGCGAUUGAAACUAGUCUAUCAAUUAAAUUGAAUAGAAAUACAAACCAAAAGCAAAAUAUCUAUCAUAAUGGCUUCUCAAGCUUGUUUGUUUUUUGUGGCACUACUAAUGGCCGGUAUGUGGUACGGCGGGCAUGCACAGGGCCAGAGCCAGGAGCGCGAGCGCGAGCUUCUGGGUCUGAGUAUCAAUUUGAAUCUGGGAUUUGACAUUUGCCGGAAGGCGGACUACCCAGCCAUGUGUCGGUCCGUGGUGAAGGGGCUUAAUAACCCGAGGGUUGCCUUCGAAGCUGCGGUUCGGCAAUUGAUGUUCCAGACCAGCCGGGCGAAGAGUGUGGCCCAGAGGAACAAAGACAAGUCGUCGGCCAUGGAAGUGUGCUUCGGGCCUUUCAAACCUCAAGAGCCACGACAAGUCUAGCCUCAACGUUGACCUCUCUGCCGUUCUCACCGAUUAUGUCACCUGCGACGAUGCCAUCAACGAAGAAGGCAUUACUUCUCCCGUUACCCGCACCAACGCUAUACUCAGCCAAAUGGCCUCCAAUUGUCUCUAUUUCUCCAGUUUGAUUCACUUACGCUAAAUUCUUCGCCCACCCUACUCCACUCCCUAAUUUUGCAAUUCCUACAUGUCGUUGUCUGGUCUCUAGUGCUGCUAACUUUCAACUUGGUAACCGGGUCAUGGGUCAUAGGUGGGUCUGGGUGGUUGGCCCUUAGUUUCUUCUGCGCCUACACCCUUUUUCUUUUCUCUCAACAAAUGUUUCACUCUUUGUUCUUGUUCAUAUGAUCAAUAGAGAAGAUGGGAAGAGCACAUCCAAACAAAACUGCCUCUCGCUGCCUACUUUAUAUACU